AACUUUAAAAAUUAACCUAAAAACGAGUACUAUAAUUUAAAAAUAACAUUAAAAUUAUUCAAAUCGUAAAGUUGCUGUCCAGCGAAAGGGCACUUGUGCAUAAAAUUAUUAAAAAAAAAAUGCAACCUAAUGACGUCAUUAUCGCAGUUUCACAUUCACUUCGUAGAGCUAACAUUUUACUGCUUUCACUUGUAAUCUUACACAUUACACCAUUGGCAAGCACCAAUCCAGUUUCAUUACCCGAAAUUGUGAGUAAAUCUGGAAAAAAUGCUGCCGGUUCAACAGCCACAGCGACUUUGGUGAUCAAGCCGAGUCCACAAGAUGCACAACUGAAUUCGCUCAAUGCAUACGCGACCAACUAUGAUCAUUUCACAUCACAAUUCGCCAAUAAUGCCGCACAAACCGUCCAGGCCAAUCCGAACAUCAGCCCCACCAACAGCAAUAUCAAUGGCAAUAACAAUGGGAAUAUCAAUAUGAAUGUGAAUAACUUUAAGCCAUCAUAUAAAUUACCCGAAGUUGAGAAUAAUUUUAAGCCAAUACAAACGUAUGGCAGUGUCAAUAAUCAAAUACCGAAUGCUACACCGUUAACAACAAUUGCUGCCACAAAUGCCAAUAAUAUGAUGACCAAUAGCAAUAAUGUACCACAACCAACGCCGGUUCUAAUGCAAUAUCUACCACAUACAAUUCCCGAAAAUGGUGUACAUUAUUUACAAUUAAUACCAACGCGUCCGCUGAUUGUGCCGAUAAGUCCGUUUUUGAAUGGUAAUGGUCCAACAACAGCGACCCACAACACCAUCAAUGCCGCUCCUCAUGCCUUACAUCCGCCAUUGGCAGCGGCCAUUAAUGGUGGACCAUUGGAGUAUGGUGUACGUGCACCAGCCAUACUGGCAUCGGAACCAAUUAACAGUGCUGUCACUAUUCAACAGCAACACCAACACCAACAUCAACAUCAACAAAAUGCCCCACCAACAGCUACAUUAAUUGAUAUAUCGAAUGGUGCGACAUCACCAUAUGGUCUACAUACAUAUGCGAAUGCUAUACAACCAUAUCGAAGUAGUUAUCGUAUAAAUCGCGAAGUGAAAGGUAAACACUUUCCGGGCACAAUGAUGACACUGAAUAUGAAUGAAUAUAUACCUGGACCGAAUGAGGCGUUGCGACCGCUCUAUAUGCGUGGUAGGCCCUGAU